AUGCCAGUCCCUCCUCCGAAUGCCUAUGCCAGUGGCACCAAGUUGACUGUGGGAAGUCACAAUGUGUCCAUUAUCCAAUACAUCUCCGAAGGUGGGUUUGCAUAUGUCUACACAUGCACAAUUGACCCGCCUUUUCACGGAUCGUCCAUCGCCUGCUUGAAGCGGGUGGUUGUCCCCAACAAAUGGCAGUUGACUUUGCUCCGCCAAGAGGUGGACGCCAUGAGACGUCUCAGAGGCAACAAACACAUAGUAUCAUACAUUGAUUCGCAUGCAUCAAGACUCAGCUCCAACGGAAACUCGACGGACCAGCAGUACGAGGUGUUCUUGCUCAUGGAGUACUGUGAAAACAACGGAUUGAUUGAUCUCAUGAACACCAGGCUUGUGGACAAGUUGACGGAACCCGAGAUCCUAAAGAUCAUGUUUGAAGUCACUAUCGGUGUUGCCAUGUGCCACCACUUGGAUCCUCCAUUAAUUCAUAGAGAUAUCAAGAUAGAAAACGUGCUCAUAGACUCCCAGGGAGUAUUCAAGUUAUGUGACUUUGGCUCAUCCGUCCCCUACAUUCCCGCUCCAAAAACCCCCCAGGAGCUACAUGCUACGAAAGACGACAUAAUGAACCACACCACUCCUCAGUAUAGAGCUCCUGAGAUGAUAGACUUAUCCAAAGGUUUUCCCAUAGACGACAAACUGGACAUUUGGGCCUUAGGAUGUUUCCUCUACAAGCUAUGCUACUACACAACUCCCUUCGAGCUGCCUAAUCAAAAAUCCAUGGAAGAUUUGGAGCUUGCAAUUCUUUCGUGUGGGACAACCUUGAGAUUCCAUGAUCGUCCUGGCCUGAUGUUUUCUCCUAGACUAAAGAACAUCAUCAAAUGCUGCUUCAGAGAAGACCCCAGAAGGAGGCCUAAUGCCGUGCAAUUGUUAGGAGAAAUUGCUCAAAUGAUGGGUACUCAAGUUCCUAGUGUUAUUCCAUACAGUGUCAAACAUAGCAAGCUCGUCACCGAAAAGGAAGACCAACCCAAAUUGCCACUGCGUCCACAGGAAGAUUAUACUAAGCACCAUCUCAAGAACAACAAGCCUGCAGAUCCUUUCUCUUCGAUAGAUAAGCUGAAAUAUUUGAAAUCCGCAACCGUGAAUCUCCCUACUGUUGGUAAAGUGCAACCAAGACCAAAGUCUACCUACUCCACUCCCAAGAAAGAAAAUACACCUGAGGCAUCGAGACCAAAGAGUAUUUACUUGAAUGAUAAGCCCCAAAGCAAAUCCUCAACUUCGAUACAGAAUUAUGUCCAACAAGCAUUACACAGAAGCAGUGAUGAUCUUGGACAUAGGUUGGAAGAUGAAAAGGGUAGUAUGUUAGAAUUCUUGAGGAGUAAAGAAGAAGAAUCACAUAAAGUGAAUUCAAGGCAGAAUACAGGAGGAAGCUUCAAGGCCUCUUUGAAGAAUAAUUUAAGAAGAAUAAGCACGGGUAACAGUAUCAACGAAAAUCACACUGGACAUGACCAAACAAAGUCGAGGUCUAAAAGAUCAAGCAUUACCUCUAUCAAACAACUUUUAACUGGAAACAGUUUCAGAAAAACUAGUAGUAGUCCUGAAGAAUCAAUGACUGACAAGCAAGCUCCAGAACCAGCUAAAAAAUUGUCAAUACAAAGGAGAAUGCAGUUGUUGAUGAAUCCACAAGAAACGACCCCAAGAACAGCUGAAGGUUAUGGCAAAUAUACGGAAGUUAAAGAUGUUGAUGAUAUUGAUGCCAUCAAUAGUACCCAAUAUGUUUCAAGUUCCGAAGAGGAUAGCCAAUAUAAUGGGUAUAGAUCAAAGAAUUUAACUCCUCCUAAAGUGCCAGAUAGUUUAUCCACAAGGAAGUUAAGACAGAAGGUGCCCGAGGCCCCUCGCCAACCAGUACAGAAAUCUAUCUCAGUAUCAAGUGUUCCGUUGGCAAAGGGCAUACAAACUAGUAUUCCAAAACCCUCCCUGAAAUUGUCUACUUCUUCUUCGUAUAAGAAGGUACCUCCCAAGCCUGUCAAACCUAAGCAUCUUAAAACGGGACAGUCAGAAAUCGAUCAUAACAGAAGGCUCAGCACUUCCAGCGAUGUAUCGGUUCCAGACAUUGACGACUUAGAAAAGCAAUUUUCUAAAAGAUUCCCUAGUUACGUAUAA